AAAAGGAGAAGGCAGAGAAGAAGAGGGAGACGACGAAAGGAGACAAUAAAGAGACAAGGGAGCAGAAAGAAGAGAGUGAAAUGGGCAGGGAUUGUGACUUCGGAGAGGAGAGAGGACAAUCGGAGAGAAGAAUCGCAGAGAAGACGUUGGAAGGUCAAGGCGGCAGAGAAGGGCAAACAUUUAAGAUGAGAAGGAACCAGAGAGGAGAAGGAAGAGAUUUCGUUUGCCGUGGAAGAGAAGGAGAGAGAAAGAAGAGUUUUUUUUCUAGGGUAAAGAAAGGACAGAAUACGCGACCAGAAGAAGCGUUAAGGCAUGUUUAAGGAGAGAUCGUGGGCGCGCGUUUCGGAGACGGAAAAUUCUCCUUUUGCCUGCGAGAAGAAUUUUUUUUUGUGUGAAGGAAACGCCCUGUAGGUCUCUUGGAUUUUACCUCGCCUUUUCUGCCUCGCUCUCCUUGUCGCCAUGCAUUUUUGACGAGUUGCAUGCAGACGGGAGGGUCAGCGAUUUUCGCCGCGUUUUCGUUCAAAUCGUCGAAGGAAAGACGGGGAGUCAACUUGCACGACGGCUCUCCGUUUUUGACAGGCGAUACGCGUGAAAAAGGCGACACACACCGACUCAAAAAAUCCGUUUUUUCUGCAAAAAGAACUUGCGGUUUCAACUCACACAACUGCGUGGGUGCGUCCCCAGCGGGCCUCCGAGCUGUCUCCUUAGUUGUCGCCUUAAUUCGCUGCACUUCCUCUGCUUCUUCGUUUUUUCUGAAGAUUCGCGUUUUCGGUCUACUCAGCGGCCUUCACGUGAGUCUCGAGCGGCUUUUUGGCGGUGUGUGAAGACCUGAAAGGAGACCUCGGCGCCCCAGACGCUCUCCUUCGCAAGGUAAGGCGUUCAUGGACGCCGCAAUCGCGCGUCUCUACGCGGCGUUUGUUCCCCGGGAACCUGCUGUCAGUUCCAUGAACGCCGGUGUGUGUCUUCUCCUCGUCAACCUGUUUUCCCUCAUUUUCUCUCUCCUCUUUCUCUCUGCUUCCGCGUCCCCCAGACACACUGGGACAGAAGACAUCCGCUGCUUUUUUCUCGUUUCUGGCUCCAAUCCCCGGACUUCCGCUCUCCACGAAAGCCUCCAACGCCUUCGCGGCAGCACCCUCCAACGUCUCAACCGUCUCUUCGCGCUUCCCUCUCUGUCUUCUGUUCGUUCCUUCUCUCGUCCCGCUCCCGGCGUCAGCAGCCGUCUCCGUUUCUCGCUUCGUCGAGAGAUGAGUCUCCUGCGUAAAUCGAUUCUCCUCUUCGGGCACUCAGGCGCGCUGGGCGGCGCGGUCGCGGAGGCCUUUGCGGCUGCGCGCUAUCGGGUGAUAGGGUGCAGUCCCCGCGCUCGGUCGAAGCGAUUCGAAAGUGGAAUCUUCUCCGUCGGCGGCGCGUCGCCGCAUGCAACGAUUGAAAUCGAGUCGGACUCGAGGUCGCUGCAGGAACAGAGCGAACAACUCGCCAGCAAACUGCAGCCACUGCUCGCUGAUGGCCCCCCACUGCAUGCAGCGAUUUGCUGCAGCGGCGCCUUCGCUCAGAGUCCAGUGUCUUCGGAGGACUUCCUGGCCGAAGCGGAAAGCCUCAUUCGCGCGAACUGCUUUCCAUCCCUCCUCUGUGCCCACACGGCCGCCGUGAUCUUCCGGAAUCGCUCCAAAGCCAGACCAACUUGCCAAGACGCCGCAUUCGCUAGCCAAGACACCGCACUACCUAGCCAAGACACCGCAGUAGGUAGCCAAGACACUGCAUUUGCUAGCCAAGACACCCUGCCGCCUCUGGUGGUGUUGACGGGAGCGGGAGCCGUGAGCGCGACUGCUCCGACUCCAGAGAUGAUCGGCUACGGCUGCUCCAAAGUCUUUGUUCACCAUUUAGUGAGGUCUCUCGCAGCGAGUGCAGCGAAGGAAGAAUCCGCGGCGAGGGAGAGGUCUCGCUUGAACGCGGAGGAGGAAAAACGAGAGAGACUUGACUUUAGGGUGGCGGGCAUCCUUCCCGUGACUCUCGAUACACCCGCAAACCGCUCUUGCAUGCAUCAUGUGACGGACGAAGAGAAGAAGGACUCUUGGACGAGCGUCGAGGUCGUCGCAGAGCAGCUCGUCAAGUGGAUGGAAGGAGAGGACCCGGUCGAAAACGGAGGACUGUACGUCGUGAAAACUGAAAAAGGAAAAACGCACUUUCUUCUCAAUCGGGAGAUCUAGAUCUUUUUUUUUUUGAGAGAGCGAGGAAGACAGGUCGACUCAGAAGAGAAGAGACCCUCGCUUCCGUGUGAGUUGUGAAAUCGUGGUGUUUCUACCGAUAAAUGAGGAUUGAGGGAGAACGGGCGUCUUCUCUGCCUGCACAGGAGUGGAGAUGCUGGGGGAGAGACUUGGCGGAAGGGAAGGAAACACAGGCGUCGAAGCGAGAAGUUGAGAGCGUCUUCUUUCUCUUUGGGAGAAAGAAAGCAAGACAGAGACUCGUCUCUUCACACAGCCAGAGGUGGAGACACCAUCUGGGAGAGAUGUUGAGAGGAAGAACCAAUUCAGAGAAGAAAGGAAAAGAAAUGUUGACAACGGGGAUGAAGGAGGUCUUUCCUGUCAAGUGGCUUCUUCACUUCUCUGCCUUUCCGUAAGUAUACAGGAAACAAAGUCGCACAGAUGGGGAGAAGAAAAAGCUCUUCCAACUGCGUAACUCUUCUCACUUUCAAAGAACCUUGCAUGCAACAUACAGCCCAUGUGAGCUGUGUAUACAUGUACAUACGUGGAUCUGUAUACGAAGCGAUGCCGAUAUAUAUAUAUAUAUUUAUAUGUAUAUAUAUGCUCAUGAAUGCAUGCGUAUGUGUGUGUCUGUAUGCCUGUAAAACAAAUGUAUUUGUGAUGACGAUGAAACAUUGGAGACGAGGCAUCCUGUUUCGAGGCUCUUCGUUUCCUUUCAGGGAAUUCUCUGCCUCAGAAGCUGUUCAAGAGAAGACCUAGACUUCAUGAAAAAAAGUUUACGAGACAGCGAGAGAGUGCAGUGGAGAGAAAGGCUUGAAUUGCAUGGGCGUCAGUUUUUCUGAAAAGAGGGAGAAAUAAGCGAAGUUAACAGCGAGAGUAGGAACAGGUGUGAUCAGCUGCGCGGCGAGCGGGAGCUCUCAAGAAAAGCUGUGGUUCUCGUUUUCCUUUAAAGGAGAUCGAUCGCCUCUCUGUGCGUUUCUCAGCGAGAGAAGACGAAAGGCUCAUUUGAAUUUCGCGUCAAGAAAUGUGAACAUUUUCUCCGGCUCCUGCGUUUCCGCUCCAAGAGAAGCUUGACGCUUCACCUGUCUUUUUGCCGAGAACCUCUUUGCAUGAACUGGUUUGUCAACGCGU